AUGUUUUGGUGUGGAGCAUGGAGAUUGGCGCAGAAUUGUAAUAUCCCUACAACAUUUUGCACGGACUCCAAAACAGCUGGAUGCCAAGCAGAAGGCAACAACGGAGCAACGACAGUUGAUGAGUCCUUUGUGAACCUCCGGGCGAUUUUCCAAUGCCUUGAGGGCAGCUUGGCGGAUGGUCUGAACAUCCAACAUGUGCAUGGACACUGCAAUGAUCCCUGGAACGACUUAGCCGACUUGUUGGCCAAGCGUGAACGACACUGCAGUUUUUACCACAGACGACAGGCCCUGGAUAUGAAAGUCUGGAAGUCUGCUUUGAAGCACUUGUGGACGCAGGUCACGCCAGAUGUGGGCCUGCCGGAUUUCACGGGAAUUGCAUUUGAUGUCAAGCCGCCAGCAUUGCCCGUCUGCGAGCAAGACUGUGAUAGAUAUGCUGACAUAUAUCACCGCUACACCGUGGCCCUGUCGUGUUGGAGACUUCAUCAGGGAGUCCAAUUGCAUGUUCUUGCUCGCAAUCUGAAACAGAAGUUGAAGACUGCGCGCAAAGCAGCCAUCCAGCACGAUCUUCAGGAUCUACCUGAAGGAGCUUCUGCCAUGGAAAUUCUCAGGCUCGUCAAGCAGCAUGUAGGAUCCACCAAUCUCAAAAGUCUCAAAAAGCCGACGCUACCGAUGCUGCAAACCACAGAAGGUAAGUCGUGUCAGAGUCCUGACCAGCUUCGCAACGAGUGGAUCAACUUCUUUGGGCAGAUGGAAGGAGGAGUUCGCAUGACUUGGCCAGAGCUGGUGGCUACAUGGCAAGCCAAUCUACAUGCCUUCCAACAGCAGCAGGUGUGUCUUGGCCUCCAGGAGUAUAUCACAGAUGCGAAGAGGUUUGAACCUUUUGAUGUUUCUGAGACAGUUGGAAGUCAAAUUCCUUACACAGGCCCAGUCUGGAUGGACGAUCUCUGUGUAGGCAUCAAAGCCAACUCUCCUGGAGAACUCAUCACCAAAGCCGGAGCUACGACCUCACUGUUGUUGGAGACUUUGACUAGUUUCGGCAUGACCCCGAAUUUGAAAAAGGGGAAGACUGAAAUUCUCUUUUCGUUGCGUGGACGAGGAGUGCGCAAAGCAAAGCAACAGCUGUUUGGACCCAAUUCAGCUGGACAUAUCCCUGUGGUGAGUGAAGCAGGCACGCAUUUUGUCUCUGUUGUUGGCCAAUACCAGCAUUUGGGAGGAUUGCUCCAUCACGGUGGAGAUCAUCGACAGGAGAUGAAGCGGCGCAUUGCCAUUGCGCACACUGCUUUCAACACUCACCGUAAGGUGAUCUAUCAAAACACAGCCAUAGCGAUCAGCAAAAGAGUCCAACUCUUCAACACCCUCAUCCUAAGUAAGCUUAUUUACGGAUGUGAAUCCUGGGUCCUCCGUGAUAUGAGAUCCAAAGAAUUUCUUCAUUCUGCCAUUAUGCGUUUGUACAGAAGGCUCCUUAGUUGCAAACCUGAUGACAGACACUCUGAUGAAUGGAUACUCAAAACAUUGCAGCUGCCGUCGCCCACAGAGCUUCUGCGACAAGCCAGACUGCGAUAUCUCGGCACUCUUCAUGCUUGCUCAGAUGUGGUCACAUGGGACCUUCUCAAUCGUGAUGCCGAAUGGUGUGCAUUGCUUCGAGACGACCUUAUGUGGAUGUGGCGGCAGCUUGAACAUAGUUCCAGUUUGACAGCCCCGGAUCAAAACAUUGAAUCCUGGAGGUAUUUGUGGAUAUAUCACAAAGCGUACUGGAAAGGACUCAUCAAGCGUGCCAUACAACACGCAAUCCUGCAACGGCACAAUGAUUGGGUUGUACAACAAGGACACCAGCGUAUCUUGGAUUGCCUCUAUGAGCAUGAUCACCUGAUCCUACCAUCUGGAUCUGUUCGGCAGAGGGAAGAGUCCUUUGUUGCCCAGCGCUUUGGUUGCAUGUGUUGUGCACAAGCUUUCAAGUCCAAAGGGGGUGAAGGAGCGCACAUGUUCAAGAAACAUGGUGUUCUCUCCAAUCUGCGAUAUCUCUUUGAUCAUACGAGAUGUGAAGUUUGCAUGAAAGAAUAUUACACGUUUGGUAAGCUCCAUAACCAUUUGAGAUAUUCUGAGCAUUGCAGACGCAGCCUUCAAAGCCAACCCCAUCGCUGCGUACCGCAGCAAGGACAUGGCUCGCAGACUGAUAGACAAUUGGAUCAGAAGCAUGAUGGCCUCCUCCCACCAUUGGCAAGUAUGGGGCCCAAUUUGCCACCUGUCCGAUUGCGUGAAGUGGAAAAUUUUGAUGUGGAAUUUUAUGGAGAAUGCACGGAGAUGUUCAUGUCUGAAGGGUCAGCUUUUGACAAGUGCCAACAGAUACGUGCGAGAGCCACUUCCAAGCCACUUCCGUGGUCGCACUAUGUACAUACCAUGGAAUGUUUCCAGGGGAAUGCCAGUGCCCAAGAUCUGGAAGUGUUUGCAAUGACCCGGUCUGCUUUUGAUGAGAGCAUUAGUACAUUGGUUGACCCAAAUACAUGGCCAUGGUUUCAACAUCAAGCAAGUGAUGACAAGCUGGUGCGCACCGUUGCGGACCUGGAAUGGCAGUGCGACAAUGCCACUCUAGGUCCAGCGGCCAUGACAGCAGCGCCCCCAAAGAGCUUUGGAGUACAUCGCUUUAUUCUCCACGCAUUUUCCGGCCGACGUCGUCAAGGAGAUUUCCAAUUUUUCCUUGACGCAAUCACAGAGUCACAUCCAGGUAUUGUGAUACACACCUUGUCAGUGGAUAUCAUCUUGGACCGCCAAUGGGGCGAUGUCAGUGAUGAGAGGGUGCAGCAAUUCUGGAUUUCAGCGGCCCGAAGAGGCUGGGUGGUGGCCUUUUUAGGGGGACCCCCCUGUGAGACAUGGAGUAGAGCCCGAGAACAGAUGCUUGGGGAGGGAGCCCGAUAUGGUGCCAGACAAGGUCCUAGGGUCAUCCGCUCAGCUGACCAACCAUGGGGUUUCGUCAGUCUUGCUCUGCGGGAGAUCCGACAAAUUUUGGUUGGCAAUCAACUCAUGUUCUUCAGCCUCAUUAUGAUGAGUGUUCUAUAUGAUAUGGGAGGGUGUGGAGCACUGGAACAUCCAGCAAGACCUCCCAAGCCCACGUCGGCAUCAAUUUGGAACACUCCGAUCCUCCAGUUGUUGCUGCAGUUGCCGGGUUUCAAAUUAUGGGAGUUCGCACAGGGACUCCUUGGUGCAGUUUCAGCCAAACCUACAAUGAUCCUGGCGCUGAAUCUUCCUACCCUGGGAUUGCAGAUUCGACAAUGGAGGGUUGUAGAUGAGCUCCCGAAAGGGGUGAGCAUAGGCAGGGGAGUUGACGGGAAGUUUAACACUAUGGUGUUAAAGGAGUACCCCCCCAGCCUCUGUGGCGCUCUUGCCACGUCUUUUUGGCACUCCCUGAGCAAUUUGCCAGUUUGUGCCUCUGUAGAGAUCCCCGGCAUCUUUUUCGAUACCUGCUCAUCAAUGAAUGUAAAGGUAUAUAGCGAUGAGCUAGGUCCCGACUAUGCCGGUGGUGCUGUUCACAGCUGA